AAAUAGUCAACCGACGCUUUAGUUUAAUUUUGUGGGGUGUGUGUCCUCUCUAUUGUAUGUAUUUGGAAGCAAGUAUUUGUAAGGCUUCGAAGACUCCACAUAUUGUCCUUUUUAUCUUCUUCAUCUUCUUUCUCUCAUAAUCUCAUUUCCAUCUUUUUUUUCUUUCCCCACCUAAAAAAGUCUCUUUUCUUCUGUCUUCAUUUUCUCUCUUUUUGUUUUCUACUUUUGUAGGUCAUCUCAUCACUCAUCACCUUCAAAUGGGAGUACCUCCUUUAGAUUGUCAAACCAUGCAGAAAACUCUCCACAAAAAAGACACUGUUUCCACUUUUGCUCAUUUUAGGGUUUUCAUUUUCUCUCACUGAAAAAGAGAGGACUACUUUUUUUUCUUUUUUUUUUUUGAGAAGAAAACUAGCUUAAAUUAGCUUAGCUUAAUUAAUAAAUAAUUAGAGAGAGGGUUUGAGAAGGAAAGGCUUUAAAGUCAAGAACAACUUAACAAAAAAGACUGCCCUUCUUUCUCUUUCUUUCUCUCUCUUCUUAAUCAGAGAGGAAUUGUAGACAUCUGGGUAGUUUUAGUUUUAUUAGUUUUAUUGUUUCAAACUUUCAAAACCAAUAACUACUAUUGUCUUCUCUCUCCUCUCUAUACUUAAUCAUUCAUCUUCUGAUUAUUUGGUGUUAUACCCACUUCAUUAUUUCACCACCUUUAUACUGGGUAUCUCUUAAAUUUCACGUUUAUGAAGUGAAUAUUAAUCAAAGUUGUCAUUUUUUGUUGUAAGAAAUAAAAAAGUUGGGGUCUUUUUUCAUGAAUUUUGGGGGAUUUCUUGAUAGUAGUGGUGCAGGAAGUGACGGUGGUGGAAGUGGUGGUGGUGCUAGUAGUGCAAGGUUAGUAGCUGACAUCUCAUAUAACCACAACCACAACAACAACAACAUGUCUCCUGCUGCCAUUUCUCACUCUCCUCAUCAACACCUACAACGUCUUGUGGGUCCCACUUCCAUUAACAAGUCCUUCUUCAACACCCCCGGCCUCUCUCUAGCUCUUCAAACUGGUAUGGAAGGGCAUGGUGAAGUAACAAAAGUAACAGAUCAGAAUUAUGAAGGAAACAAUGGAAAUGGAGGAAGUGGUGGAAGUUUAGGUGGUGUAAGAAGAAAUAGAGAAGAUGAACAUGAAAGUAGAUCUGGAAGUGAUAACUUAGAUGGUGCAUCUGGUGAUGAUCAAGAUGCUGCUGACCUUCCUCCAAGAAAAAAGAGAUACCACCGACACACUCCUCAGCAAAUCCAAGAGCUUGAAUCUGUGUUCAAAGAGUGUCCACAUCCAGAUGAGAAGCAAAGGUUAGAGCUAAGUAAAAAGUUAUGUCUUGAGACAAGACAAGUGAAGUUUUGGUUCCAAAAUCGUCGUACUCAGAUGAAGACUCAAUUGGAGAGGCAUGAGAAUUCAAUCUUAAGGCAAGAGAAUGAUAAGUUAAGAGCAGAAAACAUGUCAAUUAGAGAAGCUAUGAGGAACCCAAUUUGUACAAAUUGUGGUGGUCAAGCAAUGAUAGGUGAUAUAUCUAUGGAAGAACAACACCUAAGGAUUGAAAAUGCUCGUCUUAAGGACGAGUUAGACCGAGUUUGUACACUAGCUAGUAAGUUUUUAGGCCGGCCUGUAUCAUCUUUAUCCACAUUAACUGGUUCGAUUUCCGCCCCGCCCAUGCCUAGCUCGUCUUUAGAGCUUGCUGUUGGGACUAAUGGGUUUGGUCCCUUAACCACUGUGACAACAUCCUCGUUGCCCUUGGCGCCUGAUUUCGGAAGUGGGAUUUCGAAUGCUUUGCCUGUUGUUUCCCCUACUAAGUCCACUGCUAAUGUAUCUGGUAUCGAAAGAUCUUUCGAAAGAUCUAUGUAUUUGGAGCUUGCUUUGGGUGCAAUGGAUGAAUUAGUCAAGUUAGCACAAACUGAUGAACCUCUAUGGUUGAGGAAUAUGGAUGCUGGUGGAAAGGAAAUCUUGAAUCAUGAAGAGUAUAUGAGAUCUAUUAAUCCUUCUUUUGGAUACAAGUCUAAUGGUUUUGUCCCUGAAGCUAGUAGAGAAACUGACAUGGUCAUAAUCAAUAGUUUAGCCCUUGUCGAAACUUUAAUGGACGCAAAUCGGUGGGCAGAGAUGUUUCCUGGAAUGAUAGCUAGGGCGUCAACUACUGAUGUUAUAUCAAGUGGAAUGGGAGGAACUAGAAAUGGUGUACUUCAGCUGAUGCAUGCUGAACUACAAGUACUAUCACCAUUGGUGCCGGUUCGAGUGGUGAACUUCUUACGGUUCUGCAAGCAACACGCCGAGGGUGUGUGGGCGGUUGUCGAUGUCUCGAUUGACUGCAUCCGCGAAUCGUCAGGUUCGCCGACAUAUGUGAAUUGCAGGAGGCUUCCAUCAGGGUGCGUUGUACAAGAUAUGCCUAACGGCUAUUCUAAGGUUACAUGGGUGGAGCAUGCAGAAUAUGACGAAAGUAGCAUCCACCAGCUCUACCGCCCAUUGAUUAGCGCCGGGAUGGGCUUCGGCGCCCAGAGGUGGAUCACUACUCUUCAACGACAAUGCCAGUGUCUUGCUAUUCUCAUGUCCUCUAACAUACCUUCAGGAGACCACACUGCUAUAACAGCGAGUGGUCGUAGGAGCAUGUUAAAGCUAGCUCAAAGGAUGACGAACAAUUUUUGCGCCGGCGUAUGUGCAUCAACGGUGCACAAAUGGAACAAGCUAAACGUCGGUAACGUCGACGAGGAUGUACAAGUGAUGACUCGGAAGAGCAUAGAUGACCCAGGUGAGCCAUCAGGGAUAGUACUGAGUGCUGCAACAGCAGUAUGGUUGCCUGUUUCACCACAGAGACUGUUUGAUUUUCUGCGUGAUGAACGGUUGAGAAGCGAGUGGGACAUUUUAUCCAACGGUGGACCCAUGCAAGAAAUGGCCCACAUUGCCAAAGGCCAAGAUCAAGGCAACUGUGUCUCUCUCCUCAGAGCUGGUGCAAUGAACCCCAAUCAAAGCAGCAUGCUGAUAUUACAAGAAACAUGCACAGAUGCAUCUGGGUCACUGGUAGUAUACGCGCCAGUAGACAUCCCAGCAAUGCAUGUGGUUAUGAAUGGAGGAGACUCUGCCUACGUUGCGCUCUUACCCUCGGGGUUCGCAAUCACCCCCGACGGUCCGAGUACGCGUGGGCCGAACGGCAAUGCAGGUCCACAAAGGGUUGGUGGAUCCCUACUAUCAGUUGCCUUCCAAAUCCUUGUUAAUAGUCUACCUACUGCCAAGCUCACGGUAGAAUCAGUAGAGACAGUAAACAAUCUCAUUUCAUGUACCGUUCAAAAGAUCAAGGCCGCUCUUAAUUGCGAAAGCUAAGCGAAUUCGACGACGAUGGACACGGUGGUGAAUCAAUCGAUCAAUGAUGGUAGUAGCCAUUUUAUUGAGUUGGCUGUACAAAUAAAAUUUUUGGUGCUUAUUUUUGGUUUUGGUUUUGGUUUGGAAAAUAUGGAGGGUGAAAAAAAUAUGGUAAAAACUCAAAAGUGGGGUGUGAGUCAAGAACGAACCGCGCGUGUGGUGCAAAAUCCUUGCUAUUGAGGUGGUAAAAAAAGAACCAACUUGGAGCAAGGAUGGUGGUUCGGGUAUUGACUCAAGGUUUUUUACCCAUAUGAGUUUUUUAAACUUUUGUGUAGCUCAAUGUAAUGUAAUCAUGUAAUGUAAUUUACUGUUGUCAAUGAUCAACAAAGUUCAUUGUUUGUCUA